UAUUAAUCUAGUUUUAUUCUAUUAACCAAACCAUUGAAUUGGAUCUGCCAUGCGUAAUUGUGACUUUACAAGGAUUAUCAUCACAUCCAAAAGGGACUGCGGAUAGACUUGGAGAGUUCAGUUCAGCUUCACGGCUGUUGGUGGUGCGCUGAGAUUACUCUACCACAGAGAAAUCUAAGGACCUGCAGAUGCUUCCCUAUAACCAGUUUAAGACAGUGGGGAUGAUGCCCUGGGAGAGAUAUGUCACUACUUACAACAGAGACUUUCCGCCCGUCAAUGAGCGUCAGCCGCAGGUCAACCAGCCGAAGUCGAGGACUGAAGCUCAGGCUGCUCCUUCAUUCAUCAGCCCACCUCAGACCGAACGUGAAACCUGGCCUAUAUUCCACCAUAACUUUUACAAGAUGUCUAACAGCGCCUACGGCUCAGGUUUACAGCCUCCCUCUUGUUCUCUCUUCCCUGCUUCCUUGCAUGCUUUUGGAUUUUUACUCGGCGAGGAGGCGGAAAGUCGACUGCAUUGUGUUUUUGAUCCAAAAGCAAAUGUGUUGGAGCCGCAGGAAGCAAGAGAUGAGCCACAGCAGAAGCUUGAUGUUCUCUACGAGGAAGGUGUGAUUGUGUUGUCGUCUCCGUCCUGCUGUGAAGACCUCCUCAGAUCUGUCUGCAGUGAAGGCGGGUUGAAUAACCUGCUCCACCUCCAAGAUGCGGGAAAUUGUGAUGGCAACGCCUAUUGGAGGGGCUGGGAACCGGCUUCUGGACUGACUAACAGCUCCUUCCUUCAGCCUACUUCGAUCAGUUGCUAUGCAUGGGACCCUGAGUGCUCUAAUUCUUACUUCAAGAUGCAAACCUGCCCCCCUCGUAGCAGCACUCUCACUCCGGCCCACAUACAGCCGACCUUCCAAUGCGCAGAGCCCAGCAGGACGCAGCCGAUGACAGAGUACCAAUCGAGGUACUCUGCUGCGUGGGCCCAGCCUAAGAUGCAGCAGAGUUACGGUCACCAUCGUCAUUGACCUCCUCAAAAGACACUUUAUUCUUCCCUCUGAAUCUCAUCUCUUGCUUCAAUACACUGCAGAUCAACCAAAA